AUGUUACCAACUGAAAGCAAGGACAUUGCUUUGGCCAUUAUUGGCUUUUUGCGCAAAUCUGUUGAAAAUAAAGAAGUUUCCGAGGACUAUGCUGAGUCUAUGGAUGUUGCCAUCGACUGCAUUGCUGAUGCCUUUGAAGUUGAUGCUAGUGAUAAGAGUGGUGUUGAUUUGGCAAGUGCUUUCAAGUCAUUCAAGACCUCAGCAACUGCCUCUACUGCUGCUACUCCUGCUGCUGUUGAUGAUGUUGAUACUGUUUCCGAUGCUGAUAAGAAAUUGGCUGAUUCCUUAAAGGUUGAAGGUAACAAGGCUAUGGCUGCUAAAGAUUAUUCUUUGGCAAUCCAAAAGUAUACCGAAGCAAUUGAAUUGGAUGGUACUAAUGUUGUGUUUUUGUCCAAUAGAGCUGCUGCUUAUUCAUCCUCUUCUCAACAUGAAAAGGCUGUUGAAGAUGCUGAGAAAGCCAUCCAAUUGAACCCACUGUUUGCUAAGGCAUAUUCAAGAUUAGGAUUGGCUAAGUACGCUUUAGGUGAUGCUAAAUCUGCCAUGGAAGCUUACAAGAGUGGGUUAGAUAUUGAAGGUGAAAAGAAAUCUGAUGCUAUGGCUAAAGGAUAUGAAACGGCUAAACGUAGAGUCGAAGAAGAUUUAGAAAGAUCUAUGGAACUGACGUCAGCUACCAGAAGUCCUGAUGCUUCCGCUUCUGCUGGUGCCGGUGCCGGUGCCGGUGCGGGUGGAUUACCUGAUUUUGCUAGUUUGUUAGGAGGUGGUGCCGGAGGUAUGCCUGAUUUGGGUGCAAUGCUCAACAAUCCCCAAGUUAUGCAAAUGGCCCAAGAAAUGAUGUCCAACCCAUCUGCUUUACUGAAUUUGAUGAGCAACCCUGCUGUUCAACAAAUGGCCCAAAACUUUGGCCUUGGUGGUGGAGCUGGUGCAGGUGCCGGUGCAGGUGCCGGUGCCGGUGCCGGCGCGGGUGCUGGUACGAGUGCUGGUGCUGGAGGUAUGCCCGACAUGGCUGACUUGAUGAAUAACCCCAUGCUUCAAAACAUGGCAAACCAGUUCAUGAGAGGUAACAACAACAACAACAACAACAACAACAACAAUGAAGAGAGCUAA